UCAUCUCUUCUUCUAUUCAUUACUUCCGAUCAAUAAAAAAAGUUUGAUUUUGGAAUUAUGGUCAUGUAUACUGCUCAGCCAUUCGACUCGAGCUCACAAGACAGCUGCGGCGACAACAAUCAUCAACAUACUGAUAAAGAGAAUAGAGUAGGAGAUGAUGAUGAAAGUGAGAAGAAGUUGAGAUGGUUAAGGUCACAAGUGAUUGGAGAUAACUUAGAAUUUGAGACACCUUUUGGGAAAAGGAAACUAGUUUAUGCUGAUCAUACUGCUUCCGGAAGAUCUCUUCACUACAUUGAAAAUUACAUCAUUCAAAAUGUCCUUCCAUUCUAUGGAAACACACAUACAAGUGAUAGUUAUGUGGGGAGAAAAACGAGUAAAAUGGUGCAGGAAGCAACAGAGUACAUAAAGAAAUGCUUGGGUGGAAGUUUAAAUGAUGCACUGCUUUUCUGUGGAUCGGGAACCACCGCAGCAAUUAAGAGAUUACAAGAAGUAAUGGGCAUUUGGGUUCCAUCAAUUCUCAGAGAUAGAAUUAUUCAGAGCCAAGUUAUGACGAAUGAAGAAAGAUGGGUAGUUUUUGUAGGGCCAUAUGAACAUCAUUCCAACAUCCUUUCAUGGCGUCAAAGUUUAGCCGAAGUUAUAGAAAUAGGGUUAGAUGAUGAUGGAUUGGUAGACAUGGAGAGUCUCAAAAUUCAGCUUGAGAGAUUUGAAUCUGAAAAUCGUCCAAUGUUAGGCUCAUUCUCAGCUUGCAGUAAUGUCACUGGAAUAUUGGUCGAUACGCGUGCCAUCGCUUGUCUGCUUCACGAAUAUGGCGCAUUUGCAUGCUUCGAUUUUGCCGCAAGUGCCUCCUAUGUUGAGAUCGACAUGCGAUCUGGCAAUAGUGAUGGGUAUGAUGCUAUUUUCUUAAGCCCGCAUAAGUUCAUGGGUGGUCCUGGAACGCCAGGAAUUCUCAUGAUGAACAAGGCCUUAUAUCAGCUGCGAUCUUCUCCUCCUUCGACUUGUGGAGGAGGAACUGUCACUUAUGUGAAUAACUUCGACGCAAAGGACACACUGUACUAUGAUGAUAUCGAAGAAAGAGAAGAUGCCGGUACACCGCCAAUCAUUCAAAAGAUAAGAGCAUCAUUGGCAUUUUGGGUUAAAGAGUACAUUGGGUACAGUGUGAUUGAAAACAAGGAGCGACUUUACAUAGAAAAAGCUCUGGAGAGACUCCUCCCAAAUCCAUACAUAUGGAUACUAGGGAAUACUAAGGUUACAAGACUUGCCAUCCUUUCUUUUCUAAUUUGCCCGAAAACUACCAAUUCUACAUCACUACACACGGCUGCUGAAGUUGUUGAUGAAAGGAAAAGAAGCCUCUACAUGUCAAGAAUGUCAGGGAAGCCUUUACAUGGACCUUUCGCUGCGAAGCUUCUCAACGACCUCUUCGGCAUUCAGUCUCGAGGUGGAUGCGCCUGUGCUGGGCCAUACGCUCACCAUUUGCUUGGUGUGGAUGAGAAUCUCUCCCUUUCCUUUCGUGCAACCAUUCAGAAGGGUUACCUCGGCAUAAAACCGGGAUGGACAAGAAUCAGCUUCCCGUAUUACAUGUCGGGCGAAGAAUUUGAUUUCAUUUUGUUAGCUCUAGAAUUCAUUUCUGUUUACGGUAAUCGGUUCCUUCCAUUGUAUAGUUUCAACUGGAAGACAGGGCAAUGGACAUUCAGAAGAAAAUCAGUCGAACACAACUUAAUGCGAGAUAAUCAGAACCUUGUACAACUGAUCGACAAGUUAUCAUUAACUAGAACGAAACCAGAUGACAACUGCAUUAGAAAGAGCAACGAAUACAAAACCAAGAAUGAUUUUGAAGUGACUGAAUCUUUCACUAUGUACUUAAACAAUGCUAAAAGCAUCGCUGAUUCUCUCUUAAGUUUCUCUCAUCCACGUAAGAUUCCGGUCGAUAUAGAUCCUAACCUUGUAUAUUUUGCACUCUAGAAUUAAUAGUUUAUCAGAAACGUCUGCAAUUUUGUGUCACCAGAGAUGUAUAGCUAUGUCAGUAAUAAAUUUGCGCAAAUG